GUAACAAAUUUUUGCCAUAUCAUCAGCGCGUGCAGUGUUUUUUAUUGUUAUUAUUUUAAUAACAGUUAUUGUUAUUGUUUUACCAGCAGCCAAAAAGUUUUUUUCAUACGUGUUUGUGCAUAUUUUAUAAUCACUCGCGUUCAACCUUCAGUUGUGACGUAGAACAAAUCAUUUAAACAAUUUUUGUUGCAUUUAAUUCGUCAAUGUGUAUUGUAUUUAAGUUCAUAUGGGGCUGAUCGAUAACUUUUUAAGCACAAAGCAACCGAAUGCCGAACAAAAGCAUAAUGAGGCUAUUGUAGUGCUGGGCACGGGGACAGCUGCAUUUUGUGCACUAUAUUUGGUGUUUGGUUAUGGUGCUCAGCUUUUAUGUAACAUUAUUGGUGUGAUGUAUCCGGCAUACAUUUCUAUACAUGCCAUUGAGUCCAGUUCGAAAUUGGAUGAUACUAAAUGGUUAAUUUAUUGGGUAACAUUCGGUAUUAUGUCAAUUAUUGAAUAUUUCUCGGGUGUCUUAACUUCCGUUAUACCUUUCUAUUGGUUACUGAAGUGUAUAUUUCUGAUUUGGUGCAUGUUGCCAAUAGAGAACAAUGGUUCCAAUGUUAUCUACAACAAUGUUGUACGUCCAUAUUUCUUAAAACAUCAUAAAGCUGUUGAUGCCGCGAUAGAUAAGGCUUUUGACACUGCUAAGAAAAAUAUUGGUUCUGCGUUUAAGCAAGAUUAAAGAGUCCUCUACUACUACUACUACUACAGCUACGCUUCUUCUACAUACAGCAUUUUCUAUAUUCAACUUAAUGCCUUUACUUUGAAAAUGACAAGUUGGUGGUGGUGGAGUAAGAGUUUCAGCAAAUGUCAAUCUUUGUAAAAAAUGUUACGAUUUUGCUUUUUAUUUUUAUAUUUUUUUUUUUUUUUAAAUUAUUAUAAGUAAAUUAUAUGAGUAACAUUUCUUUUAGUCCACAUAUAAAAUAAAAACAAAAAACCUAGUUGUUGAAAACA